UUUUGUUUUUACUUAAUACAUGUUUUUUUUUCUUCCACAGGCAGUUCACCUGCUAUUUCUGAGGAAAUCACCCCAGACCCACCAGCUCCUGAUGAAGAGGUUAUGUCCAAACCUGCCGCCCUUCUUCAUAUAUCAACCCCUGUGGAACUCAGCAGCACCGGCAGAACCAAAAGCCUUCCAGAAACCAGCUGCAGCUCCAUGCUCGACCUUCAAAAACCUCUCCCUUCUCCUCCACCUCUUCCUUCUGCUGCAGACAUUCCUGACCUUCCACUUCCAUCGCCUCCUAUCCUUCCUCCCCCUCCACUUACAACCAAAUCAGCUUCUACCUCCAGUCCUCCUUUUCCUCCAAUGCCACCCCUUGGUGACAGCCCCCAGCGUCCCACCACCCUCAACAUAAAGACGCUUCCGCGGUCCACCGCCAGGGAGAAUGGGGGUCCUCCGCAUCCGGUGGAUGACGAUGAGGACGAAAGGAAGAUGCUGGAAGAGGAUUUGAAAAAAUGCAUCGAGGAAUUCAAAAAGAUCCGCCUGCCCACAGUGUUUCCAGACCGCAAGAGGCACUGGCAGAACGACCUGCUCAAGAAAUACGAUGCAUGAAGAGCUUCUCUGUGGUACUACUGUGAACAAACCCGAUCAGAACUUUUAAAAACCAUACUGCGAUUGGCAAAGAGAAGCUCUGGUUUACAUUAAUGUGAGAAGGUAUUUGCACCCUUACAGAUUUUUCCUUUUUUAAUUGGCACACUUAAAGUUACAGAUGAUGAAACAAGCUUUAACAUCAGACAAAGAUAACCUGAGUAAAUACAAAAGUCAGUUUUCAAAUAAUGAUUUUAUCUUUUAACAAAGCUAUCCAAGCUACCUAGGCCCAAGAUAAAAAAGUAAGUACUCCCUAAAUCUAACAAUAGAUUGCGACGCUCUUGGCAACAACAACUGCCAUCAAGUGUUUAGGAUAACCAGCAGUGAGUCUUUUGCAUUGUUGUGGAAGAAUUUUGACCCACACUACUAUUGUUUUAGAGCAGCCAAAAUUGGAUGUUUUAUGUGCAUAAUUGGCCUGUUGGCUCAUGCCAAAGCAUCUCCAUCAGAUUUAGACCACUCUAAAACCUUUUUUUUUUCUGAGUCAUUUAUAGUUGGUCUUGCUGGUGUGCUUUGGAUCAUUGUCCUGCUUAUGUUCUGUGUGGCUGAUCUCAAGAUCACAAACUGAGGCCAGACAUUCAUGGUUCCAGACGUUCUAGUGCUGAAGCAGCAAAGUAGCCACAGGUCAUCAUACCGCCAUUAAUUUUGACUCUCAAUAUGAUGUUCUUUUACAGAAAUGCUUUGCUAGUUUAAUGCCAAAUGAGAAUGGUAAAUGGACUGAACUUAGCUACUCCUUUUCCAGUCAUGCAGAUCACUCAAAGUGCUUUUCACUAGAGCCACAUAUACUCUGUCCCUCAAGUACGCACACUUUCAUACACCAAUACACAGAUCAGUAGGCAACUUGAGGUUAAAUGCCUUCCCCAGGGGCACAUUGACAUGUGGCAGCAGGAAACUAGAACUGAACACACAACGUUCAAGACUUGCAAGACGGCUACUCUUCCCACUGAGCCACAGUCGCCUCAUCAGACUUGUGUUACGAAGCACACCAUCUAGAAAGUUCCGCUUUUAACUUAUGAGUACACUGAAUAUUUUCAUCAAAGUUUUGGGGAUGGUGAAUAGGUUUUCUGUCAAAUAGGAAAGUCUUAGUGGUCUUUUUGCUCAGCGAUAAUUUUCACCAUGCAACUCUCCUAUGGAGGCCAUGUUUUCCCCGUCUCUUUUGUCCAGGUUUUCUUGUGACCUCUUGGACGAGUCCUUUUCUUUAAGUAAUUUUGGUAAGUCAUCUCUAACAUUUCAGUAUAACAAAAAAGCAAAAACAGAAGAAAUGUGUAAGGGGACAGAUACUUUUUCACACUGUAAACUGCUUAAAGAGUGGCAGCAAGUUUACUUCACAUAAACCUUUAAAUAGCUUUUCUAUUGUUAGAGGAAGUGCUGUGCUCAGAUUAAAACUGCCAGGUAGUCAAUAGACAUUAAAACAGAAAUGUAUUUUUGCCUCAAUGAAAACCCAUAUCUCUGUAUACAUUGAGUGACAUCUUUCACGUAAAGCUUGUGAAACAGUGAAAAUGGAAAGAAGAUAUAUGUGAUUUAUUAGAGAUUCCUGCUUUCCUCUCUGUAACGUCUGCUGAUCAAGCAACUGGAAAAUGCCAGCAAAUUGUCAAGCUUUAAGGCAUCUGACCUUAAUGACGCAAAAUAAAGGAAAGGAGUGAAAUAUCUGG